AGACCAGCAACAGCUCAACGCGAAGUGACAACUCUAUUGUUUACAAAAUUAAAAUGGGAUCGACGUGGCAGCGGGAGCGAUUGAAUUUAUUCGUGCCAAUUGCCUUCAUUUGCUGUGCCCUGCUAAUCCAGACGUCCAGCGCACAGGAAGCACAGCAGCCAUGGUACGAAAAUUUACCCGCCGUCGCUAUGGACUACAAGGUGCACAUCGAUGCCGGUAAGGAGGACUGCUACCAUCAGUAUGUGCAGGCGGGAGCCACGUUCUAUGUCUCGUUCAGUGUGGUGCGAGGUGGAGAUGGCAUGGCUGGAUUUGCUGUGCGCAAUCCAGCUGGUGAAAUUGUGAAGCCUUAUCAAUGGCAAGCUACAGCAGAUUACACAGACCAAGUGUCGCCUGGUGGCUACUAUUCUGUCUGCAUUGACAAUCAGUUCUCUCGCUUUGCUGGGAAGCUGGUAAACAUCUACAUUACUGUCGUCAAAUACGAUGCUUGGGACAAAUACGCCAAGGAGAUUGAAGAGCUGCAGCUGAACAUGCAAAACUUCACGGCCACCAUUGGUACCGUAGAGCGCAACAUCAACGAUAUGCUGGGCUAUCAGGCGCACAGUCGGCAUCGGGAGUCUCGAGAUUAUGCUCUGUUGUUGGACAACAAUUCCUACAUUCAAACUUUCUCCAUUAGCCAAAUUAUUGUCAUCCUAAUCACGUGCUCUAUACAGGUCUUCUUUGUGCGCAAACUGUUUGAUGUGAGAAGCAAUUCCAAGAGCCGUAUUUAGAUGCUAACGAAGAUGUUGUCCGUGUGUGUUUUUUUAGCGGCAUCACAUGCACAAAACUGUAACUGAACUAAUACUUUCCCUUUUAUGUUUUUAUACGUACGCAUACAUUCACCUUUGCACCCCAAGACAUUCAUUCAUUCUUUUUUACGAUACCCAUUUCCCUAUGAUAAUUAUUUAAAUGUUGGCAAAAUGAACAAGUGCAAACUUAACAGACUUUAAAUACUAUUUGUCAUUUGAGUACAUACAACUUAUGUGAUAAAUGUAAAAAUGUGUGAGUGUUUAAUUAAAUUAAAAUUGAUAUUUUAUA